CCCUAACUUCGGAUGGCGGGGUGACGCGCAGGGAAAUCCAAUUGCAGGUGAUGGCAGCUCGAGCUGCGUUUCAACUGUUCAUAUCGUAUCCGAAGAUCGAGGAUAGUCUUCGUUCUGAUAUGCAGUACAACGUUUCGCGAGAUCGGUUUACAUGACGUUCGAGCGCUGCCCUUCCAUGCUAACUCGCGAUCCCGCUUGUUUGUGAGGAACCGCGACUUCCUAUUCUUGUAGUCCGGCCGACUACCAUGAGGCAAAUGGAGCGGCGGUAUCACAUACAGAAAUUCUCCAUGCGAAAUGAUCUCGAAUAGGACUGGCUUGAUGGUCGAGGCGUAAAGUAUGUGAUAUGUGUGGUUGCGGUUCGAUAUUGAUCUGUGUUCGAACUGUUACAUGCGCGGAUAACGAUUUGCUCGCACUGGUAAGCGGAUGCGACUAUCACUUUGAAUUUUCUUCGCAUCCUACUCACUACGGCACAAGCUGGUCGUUGCCGACUCGUCGCCGAAUUGAUUCACCAUUUCAGGACCGAGCAGUACCGAGCACAUCUUUCGCUUCGUGUAUGACCGCCUUGCAGACAACAACGCUGCCAAGCAAAGUGACCAUUAUCGGAGGGGCGAACAGGUAUAUCGGCGAGUCGCGGAGGGAAUACGAGACGGUGAUACCAAAGGCUACCAUGAUGGUGUAGAUGGCCAGUAUGCGACGCCGUGCAGCUACUUCAGCCGAGUCCAUCCGUGAGCGAGUGUUGGCCAUGCGGUUUUGAGGCAUGUCUUCAGGGCGUUCGAGGUUCGAACCCUGGAUUUGGGUACGCUAAUGCGAUUGUAAAUCGAUGACAGAAGAUCGUCCAGAGAGAGUAUGUAAGCCGUUCUUCAUCCUUGGAUCGCUCACUGAUCG